GUCCCUGCUCACGUCUCAGGCCCCAGCCUCAAUGGUGUGGAGGAUCGAGAAGCCGCCCGGUCGGGCAGUGUUGCGUGGCAGCCCAGACCUCCAGUUUUUUGUUCGUUGUCUUUCACAGCCGUCCCAAUCUGCUGCUUUGUCUGCCAAGCCCCAUAAACGUCAGCCUGGAGGUCCUCCCGCGUUGCCCAUUGACGCCCACCUUCCGUGGGACUGCGAUGGGGGUUUCCGGCAGGGAGCUUCCUAGACCAAGUUUCUCCCCCGAGCGCUUGAAUCCUAGCUGCUGUCAAUUGUUUGACCAGCCCUAUGCCACCGUUCCCCGCCAUUAGUUCCCUGAUAUAGCCUCGCGUUAUCGUUUCCUCCCGCACAUCACCACCACUCGUCCAUCUCGCUGCCGCCAGUCGGCACUGCGUAGUGCCCGCUAGCCAUAAUGUCAUCAAAAGAUCCCACGUCGACGCCCAACAAUCCCCACGCCACAGCCUCCAAAUCCUCAGCUGUCUCUCUCUCCACCAACGACUGUGGCAUGGCGCCCACCAGACGCGACAUGGCGAGUGGUACCGAAGACGAGCUGCUAGACGAUCGGGAUAGCGCGCGGCGGCUGCCGAGCCCGGUGCCAGGGCCACCAUCUGUCAGAAGAGGCGGCGGAGGAGGCGUUGACACUGGGAGUGGCAGCAAGAGGUGGGCGUGGAUCCCGCUGCCCGUCCGUCGGUGCGGAAACGCCACGGCGAACUGGAUGAGAGGCCCGCCCGAGCCGCGCAUAUACAAGAUCAACCCCAUUCUCCCCAAGGUGCAACGUGCGCCCAUCCGGCUGCUGGACAAACUGGUGCCGCACCUGUGGCAGCGCGUCUGCCUGGCCGCCGUGUACAUCGCGCUGUGGAUCACGGCCUUUGCGCUGGUGCUCCAGGACAGCCGGCGGGCGACCAAUGUUCAGGGCUAUGGCGCCCCCGCCACCAUCGGCUGCGGCACCUCGUGGUGGCCGUCUGACGGCAGCUGCGGCAUUGACGGAGUCUACUGCCGGCCCUUUAACAACACCGGCUUCGCCUUCCGCUGCCCCGCCAACUGUGCCAGCUACCGCGUGCUGAACCCGCGCGCCGUCGGCGACCAGGAGGUCAUCUACCAGUCCAUGGUCAUUGGUGGGCCCCGCGAUGACGGCCAGGUGCUGUACCGCGGCGACUCGUACAUCUGCGGCGCCGCCCUUCACGCUGGCAUCAUCUCCAACACGGCCGGCGGCUGCGGUGUCGUUACCCUGGCGGGCGAGCAGACAAACUAUGUGUCGUCCACCCGCAACGACAUCACCAGCAUCGCCUUCAACGCCAGCUUUCCGCUGUCCUUCACCUUCCAGGGAAACGCUCAGUGCGAGACCCGCGACUUGCGCUGGCCGCUGCUGGGGCUCUCGGUCGCCUUCUCGGCUGUCUUCUCCCUCUUCGUCAGCUCGGCCCCGCUCUUCUUUUUCGUCGUCUUCUCGGCCAUCUUCUGGCACGUCGGCAUGGUCUCAGAUCCGCCGAACAUCUCGUCCCUGGCCGGCCUGGCCUCCAACAUUAUCGGCAAGUAUUUGCCCGCCAUGCUGAUCGCCUGGGUUAUGUACGACAAGAUGGGCGUCCGGCGCACGCUGCAGGGCCUGACGGCCCAGGUCGAGAAGACGGUGCUGUGGCUGGGCGCGUGUUGGCUGGGCGCGCUCGAGAACUACACCUUCAGCGAGUGGAUCCCCAUCACGCGUCUGACAGGCCGCGACAUAUCGCAGCAGCCCGGCGCCAAGGCCGCCCUCGCCAUAAUCAUCAUCGUCCUCGUCGUCGUCGCGGCCUUGCAGGUCUGGUUCUUCCGCCAGGAGGGCCGGCUGCUGCGCUACCUCAAGGUCUACGCCGCCUUCGUCGGCGCCAUCCUGGUCUGCCUCGUCAUGCCGGACCUGCGCCUCCGCAUCCACCACUACAUCCUGGCCCUGUUGCUUCUGCCAGGGACGAGCAUGCAGACGCGGCCGUCGCUGUUCUACCAGGGUCUUCUAGUCGGCCUGUUCAUCAACGGCGUGGCGCGCUGGGGGUUCGACUCGGUCCUGCAGACGGCUGCGCAGCUGCAGGGCGACGGCCAGUUCUUCUCGUCCCUGCCGGCGCUGACGGGGCCGCCCAACAUCACGCUGAGCGAUGCGGCCGCGGUCGGGAACGUGAGCACGCUGUCGGUGUCGUGGCAGCUCCCUGGCGUCGACGACGACCCGGACAUCGACGGUGUCAGCGUGCUGGUCAACGACGUGGAGCGCUUCCGCGCCUUCUUCGCCGACGACCCGUCAGACCCCAACAGGCCGGUGGGCGACGGGCCUAGGGGAUUCCGGUGGCGCCGGCGCGCCGGCGCGCAGAUCAACGAGUACUUCCGCUUCGGCUUCGUGAGCGGCACCACAACGCUCGACUACACCAAGGCGGGCGUGUGGAACUCGCGCGGCGAGUGGGUGGACAUGGCGCCCGGGCCGUCAAAGGUCAGGCGGCGGAGCGACGUUGAUGACGGUGUGAGGGCGGCGCUGUUGCGGCGGUAGGAUCCGGGUGAAGGGAGCUGUCGCCAUGUAACGAAUUUCAUCUUAUCAGCAAUCUUUUUGCAAUACUAGUUCCUUGGAUCAUUAAUUGAAUCUUGUUGGGGUUAGGGCACUCCGGGGCCGGAAUAACCCUUCCUCGUGGUGCAUGGCUAGUUUAUCGCCCCCCUCCUUGGUCCUCGCCCUUAUGAUGUCACCCUUGACCCCGUG